GCUUGCUAGAAGGGGCUUGGAGUGAAUAACAACAAUCAUUUGCCCCUUCCCAGCGCCUUUGUCCAAAGAGCUCACAAAACUUUGCUGGCACUAACUUGUUCAGUCUCACAGGUCCCUGUGCGCCGGGUGGGUGAGUGCCAUUCCCAUUCGACAUAUAGGGAAGGGCCCCACAGUGGGUGAAGCUGAAGAUAGACCCAAGGAGUCCUGUCUGUCUGUUUCCCCCAGCGCUAACCACCGGACCACUCUUCCAGAGCCAAGAAGAGAGCCCAGGAGUCCUAACUCUUGGCCCUGGCUCUCGCCACAAGACCAGGCUGCCUUCCCUGCAGCACAGAGAGUUCUGCUUUGAGUGCUGGCCGAAAGGAUCAUGAUUUAAAUAGUAACAAUGACAAGUAACACAGUAAAAGUUGAUGAAAAUAGAAGUAAGCGUAGAAAGGAGAUGGAGAAUGAAGCUUCAGAAAGUCCUCAGUUGUCCUCCCUGGAAAGACCAGACCUGGCUCUUUCUGAAAGCUCACAGUCACUUUACAAACCUGAAGCACUGGAAAAGGUUUUAAAUGUUCUAAAGGACGUUCUGCCGAGCCCACAACAGGAGCCGGUCACCUUCAGCAACCGGAAGGGUUUGCAAUGCAUCUCCCCACUAAUGAGAAGUGUGGAAGAGACUCCUCAGCCCAUCCUGACAAAGGUCAAAGGGCACAUUCCCAAGUGGCUUAAUGGCAGCCUGCUAAGGAACGGGCCUGGGAAGUUUGAGUUUGGAGAGGAGAAAUUUAACCAUUGGUUUGAUGGCAUGGCCCUGCUGCAUCAGUUCCAACUGGAAAAUGGCAUCGUGACUUACAGGAGCAAGUUCCUGCAGAGUGAUUCCUAUGUGACUAACAGCCGGCACAAUCGGAUCGUGGUCUCGGAGUUUGGAACCCUGGCUAUGCCGGACCCGUGCAAGAGCAUCUUUGGGCGCUUCAUAUCGUGGUUUGAGAUGCCACGGCCAACGGAUAACUCCAGUGUGAACUAUGUGGUGUACAAGGGAGACUAUUAUGUCAGCACCGAGACCAACUUCAUGCGCAAAGUGGAUCCAGAAACUCUGGAAACCAAGGAGAAGGUGGACUGGAGCAAAUUCGUUGUGGUGAAUGGAGCAACAGCCCAUCCACAUUAUGAGCCUGAUGGGACAGCAUACAACAUGGGCAACUCGUAUGGGAAACAUGGUUCCAGCUAUAACAUUAUUCGGAUUCCUCCGCAGAAGUCAAACCGCGAUGACACUUUGCAGGGAGCAAAAGUUUUGUGCUCCAUCGCUCCAGCUGAGAAGAUGAAACCCUCCUACUAUCACAGCUUUGGAAUGAGUGAGAACUACGUGGUCUUCACUGAGCAGCCCAUCAAGAUUAAUCUGUGUCGGGUCAUCACAUCCAAGUUCCUUGGGAAGCCCAUUGCUGAUGGGAUAAACUGGGAGCCGCAGUACAAAACCCGCUUCCACGUGGUGAAUAAGCACACGGGAGAGCUGCUUCCCGGGCAGUUUUACAGCAAGCCAUUUGCUGCUUUCCAUCAUAUCAACGCCUUUGAAGAUCAGGGCUGUGUGGUCCUUGACUUCUGCUGCCAGGAUGACGGAGGGAGCCUACAAACUUACCAGCUCCAAAACCUGCGCAAAGCUGGGGAGGGUCUGGAUCAGAUCUAUAACUCGAUAGCCAGAACUUUCCCCCGCCGCUUUGUUCUACCACUGAAUGUGGAUUCAAGCAUGCCCGUGGGGCAGAACCUCAGCCCCUUGUCCUACACGUCAGCGAGUGCUGUGAAAGAGGUGGAUGGGACGGUCUGGUGCAUGCAUGAAAAUCUCCAUUCCGAGGACCUGGAGGAGGUAGGGGGCAUGGAGUUCCCCCAGAUUAACUACUCGCGGUGCAACGGCAGGAAGUACCGCUUCUUCUACGGCUGCGGCUUUCGACACCUGGUGGGGGAUUCGCUGAUCAAGAUGGAUACAGAAACCAAGAAAAUGAAGAUUUGGCAAGAGGAUGGAUUCUAUCCUUCGGAGCCUGUGUUUGUGCCAGUGCCUAAAGCCACUGCAGAAGACAGUGGAGUCAUUCUGUCAGUUGUGGUCACACCCUCGCAGAACCAAAACACUUUCCUGCUUGUCCUGGAUGCAGAGACCUUCAGCGAACUGGGCCGCGCAGAAGUCCCAGUGCAAAUGCCUUAUGGAUUACAUGGCAUCUUUGUCCCACGUUAAUGGAGAAGCCUGCUACCUCGUACUAGAAGCUCAGUGUGAAUCUCUGCUUUUCCUUUCCUUUCGCUCUUGCAUUGUGCCUUUGGUGAAGGAACUGCCUCUGUAGCCCCCAAGCCUGUUCUCUGUGCGGCUGCAGUAUUAUUAAUACGUAGUGAAUGGGUCUGAAGCUAAUACUGCGCAAGGCGAUAGCACCUUCUCCAGAAGAGCCCACUGCCUUGGCUCACUCCACUGUCCUGCUCUGCCGGUCUGCUGUAACCCCCAUGCUGCCAUGAGCUGGGCAGGCAAGGGAGGCAGCAGGUGCCCAGAGAGCCCACUUCUUCCCAGCACCAAUGUGCUCUGAGCGGGAGAGGCCAGUCAGCAGCUCUGCUCAGAGUGGUGGCUUUGGCUGUAGUGCACAAAGCGAAAGGCGAGACAGGAUCAAGGGAAGGAGGGAAAAUUGCCUCUUCCGAGUCCCAAGUGUGCCACUGCUUCUUCAGGAAACUGUCUCAACUCAGCCAGGAAGAGCAGAGAGGGUGCUGCCCCACUUGGCAGCUGGAAAGGUCAGUUCCAGUUUGUGCAAACAUCACAACUCAAAGAAAAAGGAUGACACCUUCCUCCAUGCUGUCAUUGAAACCCUGCAUAUGUUAAACCAUGCCAUUGCCACGCACCCCUAGUGAAACCAGUGUGGGUCAAACACCCCUCUAUUGUGUCCCUGCCACGCCCCCUGGUGAAACCAGCAUGGGGCAAACACACCUUGACAUAUGCCCACAGCAAAACUAGUGUUAGUCAAACAUGAAAUAAUAAGAUGAAAUUCAAUAGUGAG